CAAAGAAUGUGGGCAAUAAAUUAUUUCUUCAACAAUUCUCUGUGAAUACAUUCAGGCUUCAAUGACAGAUUAAGCAAGUAAUAGUUAACCAGACUUUGUAUGUGUCCCAUUUGUGUUCUGGAUGGCUAUGUGAUAGCAAUACAAAAGCAACAAAGCCAAAUUGAAUAUUGCCUGUUUUAUAACAGUGGUAAACUACAUCAUGGCAGAAGGGAGCAAAACAACUGAUGAUCCCCCUGUUGUGGGCAAUGAUGAGGGAAUUGAUCCUCAAACACUGGAGAUUGCUCGCAUUUUACGGUCACUGGCUGACGAGAUUACAGAGGAAAAAAGUAUGCCAUUGCUAAAAGAAAUAAUCACAAAAAUUGCCCAUGAGUCAGUCCAUGAUAGAAAUUACAAUGUUUUGACAGAUUAUAUGAGGCGCUUUGUCAAUGUUCUUGGCUUUAGUGUACAGUUUUCAGUUAGUAAGACCAAAGAGAUCAUUAAAAUUCUGCUUGUUAUCUGGAAUCAACAAAAUGUCGCUAGGUAUGUGAUGAAGGAAGUUUACAAUGAGGAUAUUGGUGCUGCUGAAAAACCAAUUGACCCAGAUAUACUGGAUAAGAUCCCAAAUGAUGUUAAACAGUUGGAUGACAAAGGCAUUAAGAUUUUUUUUAAAGCAUUACAAGAUGGAGAGGAAGAAGUUAAGAAUAUACGCCUGAUGGUUGUUGGCAUGUUUGGUGUGGGGAAGACUUCACUUGUGAACAAUCUGAUUAAAGACUUUAGAGAUAAAAACAUCACACCGUUAAGCACCGAUGGUAUCGAUCUCCACAGGUGCCAAGUGAUGGAAGAUGGUGAUUGGUGUUUGGAUAAGGAACACAGGUCACAGAAAUAUAUAAAAAGGUUGGAAAGUGUUUUCGACAAAAUGCCAGUGAACACUUAUGCAGCAACUGCUUCUAUUGAUGACACUGAUAGCCUAGAUGGUUCACAUGUAGAAGACAAAGUAGAUGCUUUACCAACUGAAAAUCAAAUACAUACUGAACCAGUGCAAAGGAGGAACAAUGUUGAACAACAUGAACAAGAUUUUGUACAAAUGUGCUCACCUUUGGUAGAAAAGAUGCAGAAUGACACCAACCAUAAACCAUCAAAGGACAUCAAAGUUUCUUUAGAAAAAACCGAAAAAGAGAUCACUGUGUCUGUUUGGGAUUUUGCAGGCCAGACACUGUACUAUUCAACUCAUCAGUUCUUCUUGAAUAAAAGGUCAAUCUACUUAGUGCUGAUGGACAUGACAAAACCUUUGGAUGAAGAUGUAAAAGAGUUGGGUGGUAGCGGAAUUUGGUGUGGUUUGGUUAGUGACUGUACGUAUUUGGAUGUAUUUAAGUUUUGGUUGAAUGCAAUCCACAUGUACAGUGGUUAUAAGUCAACAACAGGGGAAAUAAAACGAACUGUCAUCUUAGUUGGAACUCGGAAAGACAAAAUGGUGGGGAAUGAUAAAGAAAAAGAAAACAUAAAGGAGGAAUAUUUUAAUAAAGCACUAAUGUCUUUUGAAAGCGAUUCACCAAUAUUUGAACAUAUUUAUGAGAAGAAAUUCUUGGUCAAUAAUCUGUCUCCAACUGAUCCGGAAUUUGGUGAAUUGAGAAAAGAAAUCAAAUUUUUGGCGGAGAAGCAAGAAUACUGGGGUACAGAUAAGUAUCCAGUUCGAUGGAUUCAUUUAGAACAUUCUCUCGACAAAAUGAGAGACGAAGGCCAACAAUUAGUACACAUUGAACAAUUGGUACACAUGGAGAAGAUUGAAGAAAUAAAUCUUUCCAAAAAACAACCAUUUGUUCAUUCUAAGGAAGAAUUAUCAGUGUUUCUAGAAUUACAACACCGGCAAGGCAAUAUCCUUUUUUUCAACACUGAUGAACUGAAACAUUUGGUUGUUCUUGCUCCCCAAUGGAUCAUUGAAGCAUUCAAGUGUUUUGUAACACAUAUAAUUAAAAUCAAACCCCAAGUCCUAAAAGAUUGGGAAUUCUAUGAGAAGCUUGCAAUUCUAAAACCACAAGUUAUAGAUGAAAUUAUGAAUAAUAGUCCUCCUCACGUAAAGGAAUACAAAGACGAUGUCAUUAAGUAUAUGGAACAUCUUAAUGUUAUGGCAAAGCCAAAAGCAACAGAACCAGACAAAGGUCGGCAAGAUAAAACUGAUUCAAUUGAAGAAGUCAAUGUCAAAUUGCUUGAUUUCCACAUUGUUCCUUGUCGACUGAAAAAUGCACCGCCUCCCAUACACAAAUUCACUUCACCUGACUGCAAACGAUUCAAACGAACCCCAGUUUUAGCGUUUGUUUUUUGCGAAAAGUUUAUGCCUCCAUCCUUCUUCCAUAGGCUUGUUGCUGUAUGCAUCCGCGCUUGGCCGAUCAAAAAAGAAGAGGACAAAGAUCGCCUGUACAACGGAUUGGCCAUUUUUGCCAUUCGCUCAACAUACACUUUAACAAUCUGGUAUAAGGACUACAUCAUUUAUGCAAGGAUAGCGUGUUGUUCAGAGAAGAUUGCCUCUGAUAUUGACACCAAUCUUUGUCAAGAAGUUCGACACAAACUUCGUCAGAGUUUGCAAGAAUUUGUUGGCCAUUGUGUAGAGACACCACGAACUGGUACAGCUUUUGAUAUGUAUAUUCAAUGUCCACGCAUGGAAAUAUAUUCCCACAAUAAAGGAAUGCUGAGAGUGGCACAGUAUAAUUACGAGAGUGAAUUAGACUGCGGUGCAUGCAGUGAAAGCCAUUCAGUUGAAAGAAAAGAGGCUUUGCAAUAUUGGUUCAAAAACGAACUGGAUUUAGCAGACAAAUAUGAAAGCGAUGAUUUAAAUAAACUAGCUGAAGAUACACAUCUAUCAACAGUGGCCAGUGUCAUUGGUUCAGAAUACUGGAUGCUUGGUAUUGAACUUGGGUUACGCUAUGUGGAGUUGAACCAGAUGUAUGCUGACCCUGAUUGUAAGGGCAAUAAGUAUCGAUUUGUUUUCAAGUACUUGGUUAAAUGGAGGAACAGAGAGGCAAAGAAUGCAACGCUGCUAAAUCUUUAUAGAGCUAUCAACGCAGCACGAUUGAAUUCUAAUGUUGAAUCAACGCCGGUCUUCUAGAGAGUGCUAACGUACUUGAUUCUUUGAGAAUUGAGCUUCUUUUAGUAUGAAAUGCUCAUUUUUAAUCAACAAUUAUGAUUGAAAGUCUAAGUCAAAGUUAAAACAUUAAGUAUGCGAACAGGUUAACCCAGAUAUGUACUAUACAAGAUGGUAUAUUUCGUUCGAUGAAUCACUGAAUCAAUAAAAAAAGGAAAUGACAUAUCCAUUCAGUCAAUCUGUACGAGUGCCCGGAUGUCCGUUCAACAAUACCUGUCUCACACACAUUUGCUAUCUAGUUACUGAUUUUAAAAUAACAGGAAAGACCUGUAAACUUUCCUUAGACGAUUUGUCAAGUGUAAAAACCCGUAUACCGACCUUAAAGUUCGAGGCAUAAUUUAGUGUCAGCUCAUAUUUUGCCAUUAAACAGCUUGCUUAUUCCUGUAUAAGCCAUAAUGUUGCCAUAUAUUGAAAGAUUUACUUGGUUAAUUACCUAAGUAAUUACAUUACUUGAUGAAUUGAAAAUCGUCAUAAAACAAUGUUUCCAUGAUUAUCACCCUGUACCCAGCCUCGCAGCCUCAAAGGUCGAGGUCACACAUCGACACUUAGAAUUCAGACGUCAAAUUUAGGCAUUUAACAGCUCAUGGUUGCUUUAAAUGGAGGAGAGUGAAAUAAGAGGACAAGCGCGUUUAAGGGACAAAUGUCAGUGUGUUUUUUUUACAUUUUAAGUUGUUUGUUUUGGAUGGCUAUAAUGUAAUUCAAAUAUAUGUGUAGUGAAGAGUGAGUUUUGUACAAAAAUAUUUUCAAAAUUGUCCUUAUGGAAAGAUAUAUAGGUGGGACAAUUUCGAAUUAUUUGCUUACAUCGUGUUUGAUUGUUUUAGAGAUUUGUAAACAGCAUUAUUGUUUUUAUAUAUUUGUUCUUAAGUCGCAUAAUUUUUUGGAGUAUUGUGUUUCACAAUGUUUAUAUGUAAACAUAUGAUAACUGGUUCUAUUGUAGAUUUAAAGACUACCACUAUUUUUACGAAUUGGGGCUCCGAAAUUGCUUUUGUGUAAGCCCUUUAAUAAGAAACCUGUCUCCGGUCUGUUCAAAUGUUUUUCUUUUAUUUAGUUUCUUUUAUACAUUUAAGAUAUAAUUUGGAAACUUGAGGAAUAAAUGUAAUUGGAAGGGCAAUGCAAAAAACAACAACAAUAGUCUGCAUAUCAUAAUUAUAAAAUUUUUGCUCUUUGUUAUUUUUUCUUUGUGUUAUUGUGUGAUGAAUAAUUCAUAGAUUAAAAGCGGUAUUCUUUUGAAAUAUUGAAUUUUGAAGUGGACAGACCUCAUUAAAAGCCAUUAAAUCAUAGAUGCUGUUUGAUGCAUUCUUAAUUCCUCAGUCAUUGUGCUUUGUUAAUUGUCCGCUUUAGGAAAAGGGCAACAAUUGUUUGUUAUCAUUUGGCAAUAACUUUUGGUCAAUAACUUCUGGUUUUGGCUUUCGAAAACUCGAGAGCGAAUUUAAAUAAACCCAUUUUCCGGUUAUUAACUUAUGAAUGAAUUAAGCUAAGGUAAUGAACUGAUUACACUGAGAUUGCUUACCCGGUUGGGGCUCGUUAAUGCAAUCUCCAGUAAGUGAGAGGAAACAACAAGUUUACCAAGCUUACCAGAUCAAUCUAACAGACAUGUCUAUGCAACUCUCACCACCAUUUGCUUGUAUUCCGG